AUUUGGCAACCCUAUGUUUGACAUUUAAAAGAAAACAGGCAUCAGAGGAAAAAGAAUAUUUUUGUAAUUUUUAUUGUGAAAGGAAUAUGGCUUGCCGCAAAAUUAUAUGUGAUUUUCCAAUUUUGAAUCGCAGCAACAAGAAAGUGGUCGUUCAAGCAAGCUCUAGUUUAGCGCGUAAUUAUUCGCAAAAUUCAGAUUUGCAAAAGGUGACGCACACUGGCCAGGUAUUUGCUGAAGAUGAUUAUCGCAAUGUCCGCUUUACAAAUGCUAAGCGUUACGUCAAUGAGAAUUGGGGCAUUAAAUUGGUGAAUGAAAUUCCACCCAAAGAAUGCAAAGAGCGUGUGGUGUAUUGCGAUGGCGGCGACGGUCCUCUGGGACAUCCAAAGGUUUACAUUAAUUUGGAUAAGCCUGGUGCUCAUGCUUGUGGUUAUUGUGGUUUGAGAUUUGUUAAAAAGGAUGCGCAUCAUUAAAAUCUGUGUUAAUAUGAAUAAGAUAUCAAGCCAUUGUUAAGUUUUGGUAAAGAAAUGCCAUAACCUCUAAAAUAAAUUGAGAAAAAUAAAUGAAAAAAA